CUCCUUUUCCCCUUCUCAUUUUGUCCCACUCCCACCCACUGGCUGGUUCUUGCAGCGGCUUCUGAGGAGACAAGUUUGGGCUAAAGAUUGAAAGGUUUCCUCGAUUUGAUCUUCGGUGGCAGCGGGUCCUUUGGGCUGCAUCUUUUCCCUCUUACCCCUAAUUCCUCCGACGGCCAGUUGCCGCCGAUUCUUCAGUCUCGCCUUGUAGGGCAUCGUUCUCGGUGCAGCCAGCCAAGUUCUGGUGGCGACUCAGCUGAAUCGGAUAUAACUUGAAAAUACAUGGCCGGUAAUUGUCUUAGAGCAUUGAGAAGUGCCGGGGUCCCCAAGGAGGUACUUGGAGUAGGGGGCUGCCGAACAUUUUCUGCUGGAAGUGGGAAAGCAAAGAAGGGUUCUAAAGGUGGUGCGGCUGCUGAUGCUCCAAAGGAAUCAACCCUUAGCAAAGAAGUGAAAUCCACUACGGUUGUUGGUGCCAAUAUUCUCAAGGAUGGAGCAGACCCGAAGAUCUUGCCAGACUCGGAGUAUCCUGAAUGGCUGUCACACCUGCUUGAUAAACGCCCAGCACUCAGUGAGCUAAGAAGGAAAGACCUGGAAACUCUUCCUUACGAGGACCUAAAACGUUUUGUCAAACUGGACAAUCGAGCAAGGAUCAAGGAAAAUAAUUCCAUCAAAGCCAAGAACUGAGGUUACUGAGCUGCUGCUGCUGUUUACAAAAGGUCCAUGUACUGUACUCCUGUUAGAGAUUUAAGUAGUUGAUCUCAACAGAGGAUUCCCCUGUUGGUAGUUUGUUUGGGUAUUGCGUUUAUCCUGAUACUGUUCAAACUUUGGUAAGGUCUGCUGGAGUAAAUAACUUUGCAAGUUACUGCAGCAAAUCUGGUUAUGACUUUUAAAGGGACAAAUUUUCUUUAUUUCUACAAAAAAAAAAAUAAAAAAAAAUGCAGACUUUGCCAGUGU